AUGGCUGCUAAAUCGUCUCUCCUAGAGGAGAAUCUCUGCUGUCCUGUGUGCUGUGACAUCUUCAAGGAUCCUGUCAUCCUGUCAUGUAGCCACAGCUAUUGUAAUGAAUGCCUACAGGAAUAUUGGAGACAAAGAAAAGUGAAUGAAUGUCCCGUAUGCAGGAAAAGAUUUGGCUCAGGAGCAGCUCACCGUAACCUGGCGCUGAGAAACCUGUGUGAAUCCUUCUUACAGGAGAGAAGUCAGAAAGAGGAGGGGGGAGCUUCAGCAGGGUCUGAGGUGGUCUGCAGUCUGCACGGUGAGAAACUCAAGCUCUUCUGUGUAGAGGAUAAUCAGCCUGCAUGUGUGGUGUGUCAGACUUCUAGAAAACACGCAAACCAUAAGUUCUGUCCCGUGGAUGAGGCUGCACAGAACUACAAGGAGGAACUUACGUCUGUGCUGAAGGUCUUACAGGAGAAGCUGAAGGUCUUUGAUGCAGUGAAACUAACUUGCGAUAAAACAGAACAGCACAUCAGAAGCCAGGCCCAGCACACAGAAAAACAGAUCAUGGAGGAAUUUAAAAUACUUCACCAGUUCUUAAGAGAUGAAAGGGUAGUCAGGAUUGCUGCACUGAAGGAGGAAGAGGAGAGGAAGAGUCGGAUGAUGAAGAGGAACAUUGAAGAGAUGAGCAGAGAGAUAUCAUCCCUUUCAGACACAAUCAGAGACAUAAAGGUGGAGCUGAGAGGGGAAGACAUAGCGUUUAUACAGAAUUACCAGGCUAUAAAGAAAAGAGCUCUGGAGUGCACACCAAUGGAUCCAGAGAGGGUUUCAGGAGCGCUGAUAGAUGUGGCCAAAUACCUGGGCAACCUGCAGUUCAGAGUCUGGGAGAAGAUGCAGGAGAUUAUUCAGUUCACUCCUGUGACUCUAGACCCCAACACUGCUCACCCCCAUCUCAUCCUGUCUGACAACCUGAUUAGUUUGAGACAUAGUACGGAGACACUGCAGCUUCCUGACAACCCAGAGAGAUUUGAUAAGUACCGAUCGGUUCUGGGUUCUGAGGGCUUUAACUCAGGGACACACAGCUGGGACGUUGAGGUUGGGGACAGUAUCUUAUGGUCUGUUGGUGUGGCCACAGAGUCUGACCAGUGGAAGGGGGCCACCGCCUUAAGGAGAGGACACUGGCAUGUAGAAAAUAACAAAGGAGUAUAUAAAGCUCGUUCCUCAUCAGAGCAAAGCGUCCCUCUCUCAAAUAGACUGAGACCCCAGAGGAUCAGAGUGCAGCUGGACUGGGAAAGAGGAAAGCUGUCAUUCUCUGACCCUGUUAAUAACACCCACCUACACACAUUUACACACAAUUUCACCAAGAGAGUCUUUCCCUGCUUUUGUAGUAAACAUCUGAGGAUUUUACCAGAGAAAGUCUCUGUAGUGGUGGAACAGCAUAGUUAG